AUGGAAGAUCUAGUCGGAUAUCGCAAAUUUAAAUUCGGAAUUCGUCGCGCAAAAUCAAAGAAUGAGAAUGCAGGCGUUGUGAAUGGGUUGACACCGCUCACAGUGGAGCCCUUUACUUUUAGUUACGAGGUGGCAGGAUCAGAAUCUCUAGGUGAAAAUAAUCAGCACACUUAUGUGACCAGUCCUAAGCCUUCUUCAGCGUUUGAAUUCUGUUCUGCCUUUGAAUUUUCUCCAGAUUCUUCAUUUGAUGUCCAGAAGACACCGAAGGUUAAGAAAAAGGACGAAAAAAGUGUUAAUGAUGAUGAUAAUGACGAAGAAAUUCCUAUUCACUUUCAGUCUAUCUUUUCUUACGAAAGUAUAUUCCAUGAUGGUUGUACAUUGACACUACCUUUUGUGGAUGAAUGCCAUAUUGUUGAUAUUACUGAGCAAUCACUCGCAGUCAAACCUCUAGCAGCGACAACAUCUGACACCGGGGAGGUGGAGGUAGGUUGCCAGGUGGUGUUUCACAUUGUGGAGCCCGAAGCAGCGGUGACAUACUGGUCACGCGAUCCACAUAAUCUCAUCUCGAAAAGAGCUGAGACAGCACUCGUUUCAGCGGUGGCCAGAAUCCAAUGGGAUGACAUCAUCUCCGGUCACGGCUCCGCCGACAUUGCCAGUGAUGUUAGGGCUUCAUUAAAUGCAUAUUGCUCCCCCGUUGGAAUACAGAUUUUGGAAGUGAAAUUAACUUCAGCAAGGUCUAUUAAAGAUCCUCCGAAACUCGCUAAUCAAGUUCGUAGUAUCGAUUUCCAGAAGGUGGGAAGACAAAUUGCAAGUCUCUCCCCUUUUUUUCUGGGUGGAGUAAGCGAUGUCUCAGUAACCGCCACACAACAAGUAUCCGCCCAGUUCACUUCCUUAAUUAAUCAAAUAGCUUUGAUAAAAUCACAAUCAACCUCAACCACUUCUCCUCUUGACCCUUUUCCAACUCCAGACAGCGAGGCAAUGACAGUAGAGGUUAAUAAGAUGGAAGUCGACCAAUUGGUUGAGCGCGCACUUGCAAGAAGUCAAAUUUUCUUGAACAAUGAAAAAGCUAGAUCAGCACUCGGUUCGUUGAGUCUUCAAGUAUUCGUCUACUUCGCUGACAUCCGCCAAGAGAACGAGUGUAUAGCUGCUUUCUAUUUGGAUGCAGACACGGGAAAGGGAGAAGUUGGAACACUGAAAACUAAGACCCCUUCAUGCGUGGUGCACAUUAGGGCGGCACAUCUUGCAGAGACAUUGGAGGGUCGAUUUGAUCUUCUGGAGGCCAUUAAAACGUCACAAAUUCACUUCUCAGGAAGUCUGCUUGCUCUCUCGAAACUCCGUUAUCUCCUGCAGUUUAAAUGA